GAGAAUUGGACUUGUAAUAGUGAUUGAUUCUUCGCUUAAUCAUUCCAUCAAAUCCUUUCUAAAUUCAGAACUUAUACUAGCCUGUGUCAUAACAGUUUUGAUGUGCUUUAUAAUGGAAAGUAUCCGAUGGUUUCGAGGUAUCCGACCACCGUAUAACGUUGAUUUGCAUACGGAACAGUCGUCUGUCGCAAACAUCAAAUUUGCUCCGCGUAUUACGAUGGCUAUGUGCACGGAUUCAAUCUUGCAUGCAAUCCAACUAACACUGAGUUAUGUCUUAAUGCUACUCUUUAUGACAUUCAAUGUAUGGAUUUGUGUAGCAACCGUUCUUGGUGAAGUGUUUGCCAGGCUCAUUUUUGCCGUUGCAUCUGCUGAUAAUCAAAUAAUGAAAGGAAAUCCGGCUGACAUGGGAUGUUGUAGCUGAUUCCAAGCGUUAUUUGAUUUUUGGCUGCAGUAGUUCUAUAAAGCUAAAAUCUGGAUCUUUCUUAAAAAGGGAAUAAGGCAAUUUUAUUAGCCUCUGUAUGUGGUAUUUUUAAUGUUACGAAC